UUCCACCAUGGCGGACGUUCAGCCACCUCCUUUCAGGUCUAUGGAUGAUUUUAUUUUGGGCUCGGCCCGGUUCGCAGCUCCGGAUUUUCGGGAUCUGGAAAGGUGGAAUAACCGAAUCAUCAACAAUUUGCUUUAUUAUCAGAGUAAUUAUUUUGUGUCAGCGCUUGCAUUUCUUUUAAUUGUUGGGUACUUCCAACCUGUCAAAAUGAUUCUUGGUGGUGCAGUGGUGACAUUAGUGUUUCUUGGAUUCAUCUGGGCAGCAGAGAAUAAAGCUGUGGUCCGCCGUUUCCGUAGGAAUCACCCCAAAGUUGGAGUGAUAGCCAUUAUGGGCUUCAGCUACCUCCUCAUGCACAUGCUGGGUGGUGUUGCAGUAUUUCUCUUUGGGAUUACAUUCCCUAUACUAUUGGUCCUCAUCCAUGCAUCUCUGCGGCUGCGUAAUCUGAAAAAUAAACUAGAGAACAAGAUUGAGAGUAUUGGUCUGAAGAGAACUCCAAUGGGUAUUCUUUUGGAAGCUUUGGGCCAGGAACAGGAAGCAGGCUCUUAAAAAGAGAGGUGUUUGUGAGUACAGACAUAGAGAGAGAGAGAGGGAAUGAGCGCAGGUGCAAGACCCCGGUGGUUUGAAAUGUGACUUUUUGAAUUGGGUUGUAUUUGGAAUGGGCUGCUAUCAUGGACACUCCAAUCAUUCUUAGUAAAGAGAAGGAACCAGAACUGCCCAGAGAGAAGGUGAAUGAAUUACCAUUUGUACCCUCUGUCAGUUAAAGUAGUGGGGCGGGGGGUGGUAAUGGAUGAUAUGACCUAUAUUAUCUUCCGGGAAUUAUUUUGACAGAACAUGAAGUUUGACAUCAUGAUGAAGUUAAUUGUUUUCAUUAAAUAAAGAGUGUUUACAGGUGGCAUACAAGAGAAAUCUAUACAGUAUUUACAUAUUCAGUCUGUGGAUAUUUGCACUAAAGUAUAAUAAGCAGGUUUGCUAAUUUUGCAAUUCUGCAAUUUGUCAGCAAUGAUUUAGAUAACUUUCCCCAGCAAAUUUCUAUUCAGUUCAUCCUUUACUGUUGUAUCUUUCACACUGGCAUAUAAUUUGCCAUUUCAGCUUUAGCUUAGUGUAUGCUGUUGGCUAAUAGUUUAAAUGAGAAGAGAUGCACUGGUUGGUUACAUUGCACUUUAUAUUUAUAUACCAGGUGGAUAAGAGUUAGUAGCUGAAGGAAAAACAGCCCUCUAAAUCUCUCUUAGACAUAAUAUAUUUGUUUUGUAUAAUCCAAUAAAAAUGGAGCUGGCUUUCUCCCAAAAUUCCCUACCAUUUCAAGGGGAGCUCUGACAGAGCUGUCAGCCUUCUUAUUUUUUUCACACAAACUAGUUAAUUUUCUUCUGCUUCCAACUUCCACGUUUUUUGUUUGUUUUUUUUUUUGCAGAGGAGUGGCAGGAGACAGGUUUUAUACAGUUUUUCAACAUUAAAAAGAAGUCUAGGAUGAGCACAGCAGAACUACUGCCCAUCACUUUUACUGCGUCAUUAAAACUAUUUUUAGUUUUGCAAGGAGUGGAGAGCAAGGAUUAUUCAAAAAUAAUUAAUCUAUACAACCUUUAAGUUAUUUGACCUUUCUGUGCAAUUCUGCUGAUACAGUAUCACUCUGAACAAAAAAAAUAGCAUCAUUUUAGUUAAGGUGAAUGCAUAAAUUGUGAGAUUACUUCUUUGAUUUUUCUUUCUUUACUUUUUUCUCACUACCUGCUAUUGGACAGAACAGCUUCUAAUUCAUAAAUAAUAUUUACUAAUUAUGAGACUUGUUUAAAAAAGUUUUUAAUUUUAAAAUAUGUGCAAUAGUGGCUAUUGAUUAUGGGAGGUCAAUUUUUAGAUAUUUUUAAAAAUUAGAAUAAAAGCCAUAGAAAGCUGCUUAAGGUGAACAAGGGGCUAAAAAAAUGGCAUUGUCUAUAUUCCAGAAAAAUGGCAUGGUGUAUUCUCAUCCUUAGGUAACAAUAUUCUUUUUGGAAGAACAGCAAUGUAAUCUGUGUUCCCUAGAUAACCGUUAACUGUAUAUAGCACAAGUGGUAAAGCAUAAACUGGACUAUCUGUAUAAUGCAGACUGCUUUCCAUCCACUACACUUGAUUUGAAAUGUGUACUUCUCUUUAUAGCAUUUGUGGUCAACAAUCAGUCACUGUUUAAGAGAGCUGGGCACUUGGCAUAAACCUGAGAAAGAAUGAAAUUUGUCUUGUUAAACUGAAAUUAUGAAAACAAUUCAGUAAGUGUUGGAAACUGGGUUUAGUAUAGGAAUGGAUAAUAAGGCCAAUCAAACCAACUUUUAGGUAAUAAGUGACAAAUAUAUUCUGCUCUGUUGCUUACCCCACAUUGUUUAUAGUGUUGGCAAAGAAAAUAUUUUAAUCUCAUAUUUUUAUAGCUAAUGGAGAACACAAAAAUACCUUAUAGUUCUUCUUUCAGCUGCUCCUGUUAGGGGUCACCACAGCGGAUUAUCUUCUUCCAUGUCUUCCUGUCCUUUGCA